AACACACAUAUCCUGAUUGCUAACAAUUGUUCCUAUCGCCUUAGAGCCUUGAGUUGUGCCCGAUACGAUUUCACAUUUCGCUCGAACUCCCUCGUUUACCGUCGGAUAUAAAAGGUACACCUCCGUCAUGCCCGCCUUCAACCAGUUAGACCCUACGAAACACACCAGAGCUAUGGACAAUCUAACUUUCGGGCAGUGUGUCAGGGAGGUGGUGGCUAGGAGGGAGGAAAUUAGGGAAACCUGUGAACGGCAUAGGGGUCGCGUCCAGAGACUCGGCCAGUUGAUGCUCGAUACCCACGAGGAAAUCCGUAUAGCAGAAACCCGAAAUCUUAUUUUCACGAAGAACCACAGGCAGCCGGAUAUGGCUCCCACUCAGCCUUCUAUGUCGGAGGAUGAGGACCCGGAAAUUGAAGCGGAAUAUGAACGGUGUUCGCGACAAUCUGCGAUCAUCAACACCCAAGGGUUCCCCGACAAACUUGUGAAGCUGCUACAGGAUUCGGAGAAGGCAGAACGAUAUCAAAAGGCUCUGUGGAAGCCUAAUGAGGAGCGAAGUCAAGUUCUACAAUACCUGGUCCGAAGGUAAACCGGUUUGCGUUGCUUGUCUCCAACUCCCGCUGACGGUCGUGUAGAUACAUUUGGCAGAUUCGAUACGGCUGUCGCAACAAGCA